AUGGUCCUCCCAAGAGGUGGGAUCUCCCUCAUAGCCAUCAACACGGUGUUCACCGUCCUCGCCACCUGUGCCGUUGCCCUAAGAUUCUAUGCUAUCCGAGUUAUUGGCAGGAAAUACUAUCUGAGUGAUUAUUUCGUGGUUCUCGGAUUGAUUUUUACGGUUGCUACCACAAUUGUUGUGGCCGCAAUAGGCGGUGCAGGUCUUCAUGCUACCGAGGCAACACCUGCCCAGCUAGUAGCGCUAUUGAAGCUGUUUGUUGCAGCACCGGUUGUAUGGUCGCUAGCGACGACGUUCCUAAAGCUUUCUAUUCUAUCCUUCUACCACAAGGUCUUUGGCUCCAAAAAGUCAAUGCGAGUAGCUGUUUAUAUUGAAAGUGUGAUUGUCAUCGCUCUUUUCAUUGCUACGAUAUUGGAGCCAUUCUUGCUAUGCCGCCCAUUCAGGUAUACCUGGGACAAAUUCCAAACUCAGGGAACGUGCGGUGAUUCAAAGAAGGCAUACCUGGGUGUUGCUGUGACCAACCUGGUAGUCGACGUGUCCAUAUACCUCCUCCCAAUACCCGUUCUCUGGAACCUGCAAAUGACCAAGAGCAAGAGAUUGGCGCUCUGUGGUAUAUUCGCCCUCGGCUUGAUUGUUUGUAUAUUCUCUGCUCUUCGAAUAUACGCUCUCCUGAAACUAUCAGUUCAGGAUUUCUCUUUCAGCGUUAUCAAUGAUGCAAAUUUCGGCGGUCUCGAAGUCGAAUUAGGAACAAUUAACGCAUGCCUCCCCUUCUAUCGGCCUCUUGCAGCCAAGUACAUCCCGGGCUUAAAAUCUGAUCGCAAGCCUGCUGCAAAGACUUGGGAAAACACCGCCCGACCAAGUCAGUAUCCUGGCAGCGGUGAGAGAGGAUCUAGAAGUUCACGAGGAUCGCAGAAACCAUUGCAUCCGCAUGACCCUGAUCCCUACGGCAUUAAACCGGUGACUCCUCAAGCUUAUAGUCGAGAGAAUGGAAAUGGCCCACUGGACGACAGCUCACUUGAAAAAGGGCUUCCUGACGAACAGAUUACCGUUGACCGGUCUAUCAAUAUCUUCUAUUCGCCAACGUAA